AUGAAAUGAUGCGAAUCGCCAACUGGUCUAACGAAUGUCAGUCAUGUUCUUUAAUUAUGCCGACAAAUUUAUGACGAUUUUGAUUUUAUGCGCGCUAAAAACUUUUUUAAGCACUUUUUUCAAGGCAUUUUUCAAGAUUUUCCUAAUUUCUACUUUAAUUUUAAUUAAGUCUUGAAUUAUUUUCUAAUUAUUUUAAUUAUUAUAGCCAAUGUGAAGUAAAUUUGCUGUAUACCGCAACAAAAUGAUACAAAACAAUUGUUGAUUUUAUGCAUUCAUCAGCAAACCACACGAAAAACCAUAGAAUAAGCAAUAAACUAACUAAUGAAUACGAGCCAAUCAACAAAAUGUCUCUAAUUGCAAAUUACAACGUCUUCAAUAAAGUAACAAGUCGAAACAGUCGACGUAAACGCGUAGCGCAUUUCAUUUGGUUAUCAGAAGUGCAACUAGAAGAUUCUAUGGUUUUUAAAAGCUUAAAAGAGUUGAAAGAUCUGAAUAACUUUAAGAUGUUCUUUAACUUUUACCCUAAAAAUAUCCACAAUGUACGGAAAGGCACCAAAAGCAAUAUAAAACAAUAUAAAUUAGAUAUAGUAUGGUUUAAUGUAAUUGCAUUAUCAAUUCUACAUAUUAUUGCUAUUUAUGGGCUAUAUCUUUGGCUAAUCGCUUGGAAAUGUCAAUUUUACUCAAUGAUAUUUCACAUUUUAUGGUCAAUAUGUGCAUCUUUUGGUAUAACUGGCGGUGCUCACAGACUCUGGGCACAUAAAUCGUACAAAGCAAACAAACCACUAAAAAUUCUUUAUUUGAUAUUGAUGAGUAUGAUAUUCUCGAAUGAUAUCUACACGUGGGUGCGCGAUCAUCGCGUACAUCACAAAUUCUCGGAGACUGAUGCAGAUCCGCACAAUGCCAAGCGUGGAUUUUUCUUUUCACACUGCGGAUGGUUGCUGGUUAAGAAACAUCCGGAUGUCCUGCGUAAGGGUAGCACGGUUUGUUUUAAAGAUCUUGAAGCAGACCCAAUUGUUAUGUUUCACCGAAAAUACUACGGCUAUCUGAUGCCGUUGGGGACGUUUGUGAUACCAACACUAAUUCCGUGGUACUGUUGGAGUCAAGAAUUGUCGAUUAUUUAUUGUAUUCUACGAUAUAUUAUCAACAUUCACAUAGUUUGGUCCCUAAACAGUUUUGCGCACUUAUAUGGAACAAAACCAUAUGAAAAAGGAAUUUAUGCAACUGAAAAUACAGCAAUGAUGUACGUCACAAUCGGUGAAGGCUUCCACAAUUAUCAUCAUGUAUUCCCUUGGGAUUACAAGGCAGCUGAAUUCGGUAACGAUUCGAGGAACUUAACCACGUAUUUGAUUAAUUUCUUCGCAAAAAUCGGCUGGGCGACUGAACUUAAAAUGGCUUCCGCGGAUAUGAUUAGAAAUAGAGCUUUGCGCACUGGUGAUGGGUCAUGGACGUCUGAAAAUGCAAAUGAAGGACAAAACAAACGUGACACAAUCGAUAAACAGUCAAUAUCGCAGAAUUUCUGGGGUUGGGACGAUCCAGACAUAUCAAAACACACAAAGCAGGAAACAUUAAUUCAAAAAUAGUUGAACAGCAAGUAGAAAAGCUUUUUAUUCGUUCGUAUAGCUUCGUAUAUAACAUUGUAUGUUCGAAGUCAGCUUAUAAGCAUUAAUGCCAUUAAUAUUAUACAAUUACCAUUGUCCAACGUGAAUAAAAGCUCUGAAUCUCUG